AUGGGGAACUGUAUGGUGCGACGCUCGGGCGGCGCUGACGAUGGGAUGGUCCGGGUGAUGACGAGCGGCGGCGGCGUGAUGGAGCUCCGCCCGCCCGUGACCGUCGAAUGCAUCACCAACGGCUUCCCCGGGCACGGUGUUUUCCGCUGCGCAAAAUCCCGGUCGUCGCCGCUUCUCCACAAUGAGGAGCUACUGGCGGGAGAGACGUACUACCUCCGCCCCAUCAACGACCCCGUCGCUGGUGCCUCCUCCAUCGUUGCCUCCUACAGGGUGUCCUUCAACCAACCAGGUUUCUCGAAGAAGCAAGAGUCGGAGGCUCCCCCGAGAUGCACCGGCGCCAACCUUGGGAGCGUAGCCAGCGGCGGUGCCCACGGCGUGUGGAAGGUGAAGCUCGUGAUCAGCCCGGCUCAACUGGCGGACAUCCUGUCGCAGGACACGAGAACAGAGGCACUGAUAGAAAGCGUGAGGACGGUAGCCAAGUGCGGCUAUGGAGCAGCCGCCUCGGGGGCCAAUUCCGACCAGUGGAGCCUGGCCAGCAGUCGGAAAGCUUCCUCCGACGCCAUGGCCUAG